AUGAGCGAGUCACUUAGGUACCAGAAGCAGUCGGCCUUUGCCGAAGAUGAAAAAGAGUUUUUGAAGUUAGCAAAGAAGUUGCGAGAUAUUUUGAAAUUGGAGGAGAAGGUGAAAGCUGGCGAAAGUCUGGCACAGAAUCAGCUGGAGAAAGUAAACUCGAAGGAGACUCUCCUCAAGGAGGUGACCGCUUUGGCUGGGAAACUCCCAGGUGACUCUGAUGUCUUGGAAAAGACGCAGGACAUCACUGCCCUUCUCCCAGCUACAGCCGUGCAAGGAAUUGAGCGCAGAAGGAAACAGGAGCUCGAGAGGAGACAAAGCCGCGAAAAGAAGCAGGAAGAAGAAAGGCGAGCACCAGUUUUCAUGUGCCGUCAUGACCGGCCAAUCCUAGGUGUUUGUGUUUCAGCAGAUGGCAGGUAUCUAUUCACUUGUUCAAAGGAUGGAUAUUUGAUUUGCUGGUCUUUAGAGGAGAAGUUGCUGAAGGCUUUGUAUACCUUUGCAGGUCAUACUGGUGCCGUCUUUACCUUGGACGUCACAUCAGCUCCACCUCUACUCAUCAGUGGUUCAGCUGAUGGGCAGGUGAAUUUUUGGGAGGGUGAUCCUGCGCGUCUGAAGCCAUUGACUGUGACCUCGCCCAAGAAAACCUUGGAGCAUGGAGGCCGUGUGAGGGAUCAACUGGACGGCGUUUUGCCAGUGCUUCUGAAAAGCUGGGGUUUCGAGCUUGGAAAGCAUUUCUUGCAGAGAUCGAUUGAAUCGUCCACACCCGCAAUGAUUGCAGUUUGGAAUGCAAGCCCAGCAGGGGAGGCAGAAAAGUUGCUCGAAAUCAAGGAUCUGCCGGGCAAAGCAAAUGACCUACAAUGGGGCGGCGGUGGAAAAUUGAAGCUUUUCUCAGCUCAUGACAAUGGCUAUGUUGGUGUUUGGUUGGCGGAGGCUCCAGGCUCUUUGAUGAAGACCAUCAAGCUGCACAAUGCUGCAAUUUCUUCAUUGACGCUCAGCAGUGAUGCAACGACACUGGUAACAGCAUCCCAUGACAAGACCUCCAAAGCGGUAGAUGUUUCACAGCCUGCUACAGAAACCCUCGCGACAUUUGAGUUGAAUCGCCCCCUGAAUGCUGUGGCAGUUUCGAAGGAUUUCCAGCCCCAGAAAACUGGGACAGUGGUGCUGGCGGGUGGCAAGGACGCUCGCGACGUGACCCGUGCCAAAGACAUGCAAGAGGACGAGUUUGAAGCCAAGGUCAUUGACAGUGCCAGUGGAAAGAUUCUGGCUGCUGGUACAGGCCACUUCGGCCCUGUACAUGGCCUCCUUUCCUUGCCCAGGAUUGGGACUGCUGGUGCUUUUGCCACCGUGUCUGAGGAUGGCUGUCUCAAGGUGCAUGGCCUUGAUGGAAGCCUCCUCCACAGUGACACACUGUCGCCGGCUGAGCAACGUAAUGCCUGUAACGCUUGCACGGCUUCACUACGCGACUACGCCCUUUGUCUUGUCACAGCUUGUCGCGAGAGAUUGGGGCGACUUGCGCAACGUGAAAUGUCGUAUUGUUGUCCGCGCAAUAUCUAG